GCUGCCCUGUGUUUUGUAGCAUAUGUAGUUUAGUAAUGCGUGAUUCAAAUUUGAUUAAUGUCUGAAGAGAGAAAGUCACACAUUUUUUAAAAAUAAAAUUCGCUUAAGAAAAUUCAUUUAAUAAACGUAGAGUUAUCUGAAGAAUUAAUUAAUUAUUGUUCAGUAUGAAAGAAAGUAUGUUAUCUACGUGUGAGAAAUCAUUUAUAACGGAUGCUAUUGCGGAAGGAAAACGCUUAGAUGGGCGUGAGAUGGAUGAAAGCAGAGUGAUGCGAAUUUACUUUGGAACUGACUGGGGCUGCUGUCAGGUUUCUUUAGGUGAAACAAAAGUGUUAGCACAGGUUUCAUGCGAGGUGCAGAAGCCCAAGACUACUCGUCCUAAUGAAGGCAUGCUCUUCCUCAACACAGAGUUAAGUCCCAUGGGAUCUCCACAUUUUGAAGUUGGUUUGCAAUCUGAAUUGGCUGUGCAGCUUAAUCGUCUGCUAGAAAAGUGUAUAAAAGAUUCCCGGUGUGUGGACCUCGAGUCUUUGUGCAUUGUGGCUGAGGAGAAGGUCUGGGUUCUGCGAGUUGACAUAAACGUGUUAAAUCAUGAGGGAAAUCUUGUGGCUGCAGCAUCAGCUGCUGCUUUAACUGCCCUUUCUCAUUUCCGCUGCCCAUGCGUUACAGUAACAGGGCAGGAGACUGUCAUACAUGAUCCAUCAGAAAAGGAUGCAGUACCUUUAAAUCUGCACCAUUAUCCUGUGUGUGUAUCAUAUGCAAUUUUUAACAAAGGCGAGCAUAUCAUUGCAGAUCCUACAGCUAUAGAGGAAAGAGUGUCAGAGGCACAGGUUGUGUUUGGAGUGAAUGCUUACAGAGAGCUCUGUGGCCUUCACUUGGGUGGAAGUUCUUUGACAAGUCACGACUUGAUCCUGCAGUGUGCAAACAGAGCGGCCAGAAGAGCUGCUGAAGUGGUCCAGAUAAUGAAAUUGGCACUAAAAGAGGAUGCUGAUGCCAGGGCUGCUGGAAAAUCUGUGGGAUUUUCAGAAUGUAUUCAAGAGACUAAACUGUUGGCAUUAUCACAGAAGCAACUUGGUUUGCAGUUGGAUACUUCCCAGCUGAGAGGUGAAACUUUGAAGUUAGUUCAGAAGAAGAAUAAACACAUCAUGUAUGAUGAAAAAGGAGUUAAAGUUGACAGUGGACAAGAUGAUCGUGAUGAGGAUGUGGAAGUGGAACCAUCUGUAAUUCUUCUUGAUAGAGGUUCAGCUGAGCUUCUUCCAAAACAGAAGCGUAUUAAGACGGAAAGAACGGUACCAACCGAAGCAGGAGUGGGAGAAGGAGGUCAGAACCAGUGGAUGAAGAUAGAGGGUGACAAUGAAAGUUUGGAUGAGUCUGAUGAAGUCAUGUCCAGCCCAUCAGAUGUGGAAGUGAUAAAGGAAGUCAGCUAUGAAGGGAACAAGCUAGUUGAUAGUAUUGAACUGAGCGGAGACAGUGAAGAGGAAGAAACAGUGGUACUGAAUGCAGCAGAUGUGAACAUGAGUGUCGAGAAUACUGACGACAGUGGCACAUCAGAAAAUAUUAGGAACUGGUACCCAGUGAAACAAUGGUGAAAGUGAAUAUGUAUUAUGAAAAUACUGUCAGGCAUAUUAAUUUAAUACAAGAUAAUUCAGAAAUGUAACACAACUGUGAAAUAAGAUAUUUACAAUAAAAAUUCUGGUAUUCCAACA